UGUGACGUCGAGUUUCACCGACAAAAACCGAAGCGAAGCCGACGAUCUUCGGCUCAUCUGCGCCAACAUGUCUGACGAAACAGCGAAAGCGCAGACCGCCACGCCGGGCGGAGACACGAUAUUUGGAAAGAUCGUACGCAAAGAGAUCCCCGUCGACCUUCUCCACGAGGACGAUCUGUGUGUGGCCUUCAACGACAUUUCUCCUCAAGCGCCCACUCACAUCCUGGUCGUCCCCAAGAAGCCGAUUGUCCAGCUGUCGGAAGCGGAGGAUGAGGACGCUGCAUUGCUGGGCCACUUGCUGAUCGUGGCGAAGAAGUGUGCCCAGAAAGCCAGCCUGUCGAACGGCUACAGGAUCGUCAUCAACAACGGGAAAGACGGGGGCCAGUCGGUCUACCACGUCCACGUCCACGUCCUCGGCGGCCGUCCAAUGCAGUGGCCCCCCGGCUAACGCACCUCCGCAUCCUGCCACUCGUCCUCAUGCAUGUCGUCUCAGUGCCGGUCCGGCUUCAGCCGGAACUCGGUUGAUUUGUCGUUUGAAAUAAGAGUCAAAACCUGGGAAUUCAUCAGCGUCAAUAAAAUGCACUUCAUGAAAAGA